UUAGUAUAAAUAAUAAUUAUAUAAUGCAGGUCACGUGACUCAUUUCAUUUAAAAUAUAAAUUACCACCACUCGUCCACGCGUGCGCUCACUGUAUACAUAGUUGUUAUUAACUAUUUUAAAAAUAACUGACAACACUGCGUACUGCAAAAUACUCAUGUAUUUAGUUCAUUGAACGCAUGUAUACAAACGUUAAAAAACGAAUAGAACGCGCACGAUUGAUAUUUUGGCGGUAACUCUGUUAAUAGGCUUUGUUAAUUAUUUGUUACGUUAGCUUUGAUCAUAAAUGCGUGCGUACUUGCCUUGCGUUGCUUGCGUUGACCGUUGACUGUUUUUUUUCUCGUAAAGUUAUAACGUGUCACGUGUGUUGUAGUUUAUUAUUGAUUUGAUAUUUUGAUUUACUUUUUACGUCCUGUACAACAAUAAUGUCAAGAAAUAUGCGAUCUACAGGUCGAAGUGAAGAAACCGAAAAAACUGAUCUUUUGUGGAAUGUUGUAACAUUUUUGGACUCAAAAAGUUGUUCAGUAGUGCCCCAAAGUUGGCUUGUUAAAAAUCCAGGAUCUAUUGUUAGAUGUAAAUGGCCUAAACAUAAAGUUACUAACAAAAUGAUAAUGAAAUAUCAAAGACCCUCCGAGGACUGGUUAGAAUAUGAUGUUAAAAUUAUUGGUUUACCUUAUGAUUCUUAUGAAGAUGCUCUUAGUCGUGAACGUUUGUUAAUUAAUGAAUCCUCGUCAGAGACUGAACCAAUCCAAUCAUGUAGUAUAAAAAAAAAUAAAAAAAAUCAAAAGGUCAAUUUUCUUAAAAGAAGCCUGUAUGACCUAGAACAUAAUUCAGAAACAAUGACAAGUGAUGAUACAAGCCCAGAAUAUACUCCAAUAAAGAUCACAAAAAUGUCUGGUGCAGAAAAUAUAAAUGGAUCACCGAUAAAUUUAAGAUUAUCUCCAAACAUUAUAUCUGAAGCAUUUAAUGUCUUAAAUAAUAGUUGUUUGGUUACAAACAACUAUAGUGAUGAAUUAAAUGUUGACAUUCAGAAUUAUGAAAGUACUAGUAAUGCGACCCGACGUCAGUUAUUUAGCAAUAAUGAUGACCAUAUUGAAAGUACCAGCGGAAUUUAUCCUGAAAAUGAUAGAAUUCAAAGUAAUUCAUUACAGAGCUCUUUAGUUGAUGAUUAUAGUUCUCAUGAAUUAUUGAAAAAAAUACAUGGAACAGUAGUUUCAAUAAACAUGUAUGUACAAAGGUUGGAUGCUAGAAUUGAUAGAUUGGAAAAGAGAAAUUUGUUUGUUGAAAACAAUUCAUCAAAAAUGACUGCCUCUUCUUUUGAUGAUACAUUUUUGAAUUUGUUUCCUUUAAAGUCGACAGAAGACUUAACUAGUAUUGAGCAAAUGAUAAUGAAUGAUAAGGAAUUUGAAUUUAAAAUGAAAUCUUACAUGGAAAUUGUUGGCGGUACAGAUGCUAAAAAUUUAAUUAAAAGGAAUUUACAAAGAUUAUUUUCUAAUGCAUUGGCUAAAAAAUGUUCUUGGACUGGGUCUGGUAGAGAUAGUGAAACUAGAGAAGCCAAUCACAAAUUACAAAGCUUAAAAAUCAUGGCCUUUAUGUUAGAGUUAUGCAGACUUAAAUUCAACUGUACUGAUUGUGAAUUUGAAAAAAAUAUUAAAGAUUGGUUCAGACAUGGAUAUCAGAGAUAUAAAAGAGACCUUGAAAAAAGCACUGAAUCUUAAUUUUAAUUACCUUCAUCGAUACUCAAAUAAUUAAAAUACAUUUUAACAUUUAAAA